GGCUGGAGGAUGGGGGAGGCUUCCCUGCACCCCCAGGCUGGGGAACGUGCAGGCACCAGGACCCUGCACCCGCCCCACGUCACCCGGCGCAGCCUCACAGCCCUUUGACGUGACGCGGCACGACGAGGCGUGACGUGACAUGUGCGACGUCCCCCACGACCACCCCCUGCUGCUGCGACCGGCCCCCCAACCCCGAGCCCCCACCGCAGGGCCCCCGGUACCCCCCGCACACACGUGUGUACACGCACACACGUGCACGCACACACAUAUGUGCACACGUGUGCUCCCGCCUCAUUGCCGCACAAGGGCACAGCAUGUGCUGGUGGUGGCGUGUCCCCAGGUGUCCCCACUGUGCCCCAUCCCGUGCCCCUGCUGCCACCCCACUGCCCGUGAGUGGGGGUACCAGGACAAGCCCCCCCAAAGGACACCCCCCCCAGGGGACACGGGAGCCUCUCGGUGCCACGGGGCCUUGGUGGCAGGAGGUGGCCGUGGUGGGGUGUCUCCCUUCCAUGUCUCCGGUGGGACCCCCCCCUAGGAGGCCCCCCCCCCCCGUCCAGGCCAGCCCUGCUGCCUCUGUCAAUCAGCCCUGGCCCUAUUCCCGAGUGCUGGAACAUGGAGGCCCCGGAGCUGCUCCUGGUCGGGGUGCUGGCAGCCGUGGUCCUGGGGGGGUCCCAGGCCACCCUCCCCGACCACCACGUCCUCCCCGACCACCGCGUCUCCUCCGAGACUGGAGCCAUCUUUGUCCAUGAGCUGAAGCGGGAGCUGUUCCUGGAGGCCUUCCCCACCAGGAGCGAGGAUGAUGGUGUGCCCACAGACACCCCCAUCACCUUCCAAGCCCACCUCCAGGACCACCCGGACCUGCCGUGGUGGCUGCGGUACAUACAGCGUGACCCCCACCAGCCAGGAUACCUCUAUGGUUGCCCCACGGCCACCGAGCUUGGCACCCACACCAUCGAGGUCCUGGCAUACAACCGGCUCAUCUACGAGACGGUGGCACAGCGCCUCGUCAUCACCGUCAUCCCCGCUCCACGUGGGGAGCCACCGUUCCAAGGCGAGUUCCUGGUGGGGAACAGGAACGUGGAGGAGCUGCUGCCCACGGCUGCACGGGACAUCUUCCUGCAGGCCACGGCGGGCAUCUGGGAGCAGGAUGACCUUCAUGUCAUCAACAUCACCUCGGCCCUGGACCGUGGCGGCCGCGUCCCGCUGCCCAUUGAGGGGCGCAAGGAGGGGGCCUAUGUGUCAGUGGGGUCCCGCGGACCCUUCUCGGGGUGCCUGACAUCGGCCGCCUCAGCGCAGAGCCGCUUCCUCUGCAGCCUGGGCCAGCAACCCCUCGCCUCCUGCUACGACACCUUCGCCCCCCACUUCUCCAUCCGCUGGUGCAACCUCACCCUGCUGCAGGUCUGGCCCAGCCCCACAGCGCUGGGGCCCGUGUGGGGCUCCGGGGUGCUGGAGGAGGGUGGGGAUUUCCAGCCCCCCACCGAGGUGCCCCCCCAGGACCUGCUGCCCGGGUUCCUGGUGACGCUGCUGGUGCCGCUGGUGGUGGCUGCGCUGCUCUGCCUGCUCCUGGGACACCUCAUGUGCUGCCGGAGGGAGGGAGUGCAAAAACGGGACUUGGAGACGUCUGACAUCCAGCUCUUCCACCACACCACCAUCCACGGUGACACGCAGGAGCUGAGGCACAUGGCCGGCAGCCGGGACGUGCCACAGCCCCUUUCCACCCUUCCCAUGUUCAACGUCCGCACGGGGCAACGCAUCAACCCCAUGCCUGGACCCGCGGAUGGAGCCCGUCUCCCGCUCCUCCCGCAGUGACACCAGGAUGAUGCCAGGGUGGGGGGACACAAUCCCAGGGCUAGGGAUGGAUGAAUGGGUGUCAUGGUACUUUUGCGGGGACCUCGCAGUUGUUGUCACCUCCCUGGAGGUGUCCCCACUGUGGGGUGGGUUUUGGCUGAUAAACUGGCUGUUGAGUGAUGGA